GCCUCUCACGCCUGUCGCCUCCAAAAUCAUCUUGUUAAACAUUCAAUUGCUCGCAGGGCAAUACACCACAACCGAACUGCUGAAGUUUAACACACGGAAACAAACAUGGGACACCCAGCUCACCCUGUAUUCGUUCAUCAUCCAAUCGCUUUCCUCAGCAUGUCUUAUGCCCUUGACAUCAUCUACGGAGUCGCCACACAUCCCUUCACUGCAAAAGCCGUAGCUUCCGUCUACGAUGUGACGCCGUACCUUGGCGACGUCGCCAAGUUCUCACACUAUUUCAACAUGCUAGGUCUUGUCUUCGCCGUGCCCGCCGUACUCUCAGGAGGCCAGCAGCUCAUGUCCAUGAUCAAAAAGCAAGAUCUGGCUUCAAAGUUUGAGAAAUCACAGAACAAGGCGGCCACUGCGCAAAAGAUGCAUCCGAAGAUGAAGGCAGCCUUCGCGCAUGCGGCCAUGAUGGAUGUGUGCAUUGCGACAGCUGUGUAUAACUGGUGGACGAGGAGUACCCGUGCUGGGUACGUGCCGGGCGAGAUGAGCCUGUUUGUGAGUGCUGGCACUUUGGCGGCCAUCAUUCUUGCAGGAUAUAUUGGUGCCGAGCUCGUGUACGAGUAUGGCGUGGCUGUCGCUAGCCCAUCAAGGAGGUCAAAAGAGGACUAGCCAUCGGUAGGGAGAACUAAUUAUCAGGCAUAAUAUAUUCAGGAGUAUACCAUUUCGUGACACGAAGAGGUCCUUUACAGCAGCGAAAAAAUGAACUGAGUGCUUAGCGCAUUCGGAAAAGAGAAGCAUUGAUCUCAAAAAAUCGGGGUUGGAAGUAUGUAAUGUAUUGUUAUGGAUCUAAACAAUUGUUGAUUAGUGCGCUUCAGUUCUUCGGUUCUUUCUGCGCGGCAAUAGUCAGCAACAAUCAAUCGAAUUUUGAAGGUUCUGGAUGUUGGAGAUGUUUAAAAAUCAGAAGUCCAUUUAGAUCAUUGGAGACAGAGUCCCCUGGCAUAAGAGG